UAAUCCAGCGCUUCCCCGGCUCCCGGUGCCGGAGAGGAGAACCGCGGCGGGCGGGCUUGUGGAGCAGACACCGCGGCGGCUGGUCUGUGCCCGUCGGUCGGUUCCCUAACGGCGGCAGCAGCCGGGUGACGAGGGGGGGGGGGUUUCCCCGACGAUGUUAACGGACCCACGGGCAACUUCGCACCUGAGGAACCGGGAGAGUCCGGAGGUUGUGGCCGGAGCCCGCGGCGCUGCGGCGGGGGGGAAACUUUCUGAGAAGUGGGGGAACACGGACACCACCAGCGGAGCCAACAUGGCGGAGCGCAGCGGCUGUGAUGUCAACAUCCUCAGCAUCCCGGUGCCCAUGCGUCGCGGCGGCUCCGAGUCCAACCUGGACGUGGUGGACAGCCUCUGCGAUGACGGAGUGGGACUGGACUUCACCAAGGGAGCGCUGGGUAUCGACAGCCUGCAGCAGAAGACCCUCAAGGUGACGGAGCAGAUUAAGGUGGAGCAGGCGGCCCGGGACCAGAAUGUGGCCGAGUACCUGAAGCUGGUGAACAACGCCGACAAGCAGCAGGUGUCUCGUAUCCGCCAGGUCUUCGAGAAGAAGAACCAGAAGUCGGCGCACAACAUCGCCCGGCUGCAGAGGAAGCUGGAGCAGUACCACCGCCGCAUGAAGGACAGCGAGACCAACGGCAAGCACAGCCACAAGGACGGCAGCGGCAAGGAGUCCGGGACUCACAGCAAGGAGGGCAGCCUGCGGGACGUCAGCGCCACCGGGCGACACCCGGCGCUGGAUAAGGUGAAGACGAUCGGGCCCGGUGUGUCGCUCUCGCCGCCGUUCUUCUUCAACAAGUCCCGGGAGUUUGCCAACCUCAUCAGGAACAAGUUUGGCAGCGCCGACAACAUCGCCCACCUCAAGAGCUCCAUGGAGGCGGGGUCAGGGCUGCAGGUGGACAGCGCGUCGAGGGGGUUGAGCGGCAGCGCCAACACCGUAGCCAAGGCGAGCAAGUACCAGAGCGACGACGAGUGCUCCACCGGGACGUCGGCAUCCGCUGACUCUAACGGGAACCCAGGAGGGGGCUCGAUGGCCGGGUCCGGGGGUCCUGGGAGGUCAGACUCUAACGGGCGUCUGGGGGAGGUGCUGGACAUGGUGCGUGAGAUCAGGGAUGCGCAGGGACAGUUGGCCGAGGAGAUGGAGACGAUGAACACACAGUUCAAACGAGACUAUGGCUACUUCACACAGGUGCUGCAGGAGGAACGAUACAGGUGUGAGCGGCUGGAGGACCAGUUAAAUGACCUGACGGAGCUGCACCAGAAUGAGACCAGUAACCUGAAGCAGGAGCUGGCGAGCAUUGAGGAGAAGGUGGCGUAUCAGGCCUACGAGAGGGCCCGGGACAUACAGGAGGUCCUGGAGUCGUGUCAGACCCGCGUGUCGAAGCUCGAGCUGCAGCAGCAGCAGCAGCAACAGACGGUGCAGCUGGAACACACCGAUGCCAAAGUGCUGCUGGGCAAGUGCAUCAACAUCAUGCUGGCCAUCGUCACCGUCAUCCUGGUGUGCGUCUCCACGGCGGCCAAGUUCACCGCCCCGCUGCUGCGUAGCCGCCUCCACUUGGCGCUCACCUGCGUGGGCGUCUCCGUGUUAGCGCUGCUGUGGAAGAACUGGGAACAUUUGCAGGGCGCGAUGGAGCGGGUGCUGCUGCCGCACUGAGCCGAGCGGACGAGUGAGAGCAGAUAACUUUCGUCCGAACCCCCGGGUCCAGGUCUCCAGGAGGCGUGUUGUCACGGCAACACAGAAACUGGGGAGGAGUUUACAUGUAGCCUUACACCAGCCAUACAGCUCCCCAGCGAACCUGUGGGCUCCAUGGUGACUCGAUUCAUGGCUUUGUGCUUUGCAUGUCUCAGUGGGGUCCGCACACAGCGACUGAUUCCAACCAACAACACACAGAUGUAAGCUGAUAUGACAACUGAGCAGACGUGUGACGACCAAACACACACACACACGGCACAAAGCUGCAGCGACAGUGAAUCACUAUAGAGACGAGAAUAGGAUAAAUAAGCUGGAAAUGAUUGGACGCGAGUCCAGUUGUCGGGUUCUGGGUCAGACCUGAUAUCAACAUCCGUCCUGAGAGAUCUGAUCACAAGCUCGAUAUGCAAAACACACGUUCGUCAUUUCUGUUCACGAAGACCAAACUAUGUUUUUACACGAGUCUACAGAUGUGUCCGAUGUCAACGUGUUUGUCUGAGUGUUGGUGCGAGAGAGAAAUAGGAGAUUAAAAAUGCAUAGAAAUACAAACAAAACGAUGUGUGAUCACUGAGAUGCGUGAAACUACUUCAAUUUAUCGUGAAACUGUGUCGGGCGUUCGUAUGUGGCCGAGGAUCGAUUCGCGUUCACACAACGAGAAGAGCAUGCGUCCAAGACGACCUCGGAACGUGGUCCCAGUGAUCGGCUCUCUGGAAGCAUCACGACGCGUUGAGAUCCCUCAGGACGGAGGUUGACACCAGGUUUGAUCGGGUUCUUAAACAGGAUCAAAAAAGCUGGAAUCGAUCACAUGUGAGUCUUCUGGUUAUCAGGCGGUUCUCAGUCGCAGCAGCCGGCGCUAAAGUCUGAAUCUAAACAAAUGGGCUUUUAUUGCGGGCGUGGAAAUAUGGAGAUUAUAUCCCGACCAUAAAGGAAACCGCCUCACGCUGCUGAACAAACACUGGCUGUGUGUUCGCCAGCAGAUCCAGUUUUCUUCUCGUGCACCAGCUGUCACACAGACACAUCCACCUGAAGGUUGAUUUAUAUGUGUGUGUGUGUCUGUGUGUUUGUGUGUAUUUAUGUGAUGCUUUUCUCGUCAGUGUCUCGUUGAAAAAGAAUAUUUCAAAGCCUUGGGUCCACAUUGUUUUUAACUGUGUCUGUCUGAGUUUGUACGUCUGUGUUUUCCUGCUCGUGUGUUUCUGUAACUGUGUGUUUGUUUUUAAAGGAAAAGUUCCACAUUUUGAGGAAUACGCUCGGGAUUGAUUUCCUUCUUAAAUCCACGUGCAAAAUAUGAAGCGAGAGCCGUUUAGCAAGGAAACUGUUAAUCAGACUCUGGUGUAGGUGUAAAUAAAAUACACCUACCAGCCCCUGCAGAGCUCAGCCAAAGUCAUGACGUCACUUUGUGUUUACUUCCCAUAAUCAGGGACAGGUUGACUUCCCAUAAAAAAUCACGGACACUCAACAUGAAGCCUCCAACGUUGCGUUCUUACGAGAAAUUAGUUUGCCACUAAAGAUGUUAAUGACAUUAAAGUUAGGGUCGGUAAUCCUGGAAUAGUAAAUGGUGAGAGCAGGCUGCACUUUGAAAAGAUGCAGCUAAUCCAUCCAAACUUUAGUUAAUUUAGUUAAUUUAGUUAAUUAAUUAAAAGGUGCUGGUAGGUGGAUUUUAUUGCCUGUGAAUAUCAAAUGAGCGGCCUCCAGACGAGUUGUUUUGAAAGUUUCCUUCAUGUAAAAUCUGUUUUAUGUUUUUCGAGGUAAAGAUAAAUUCUCAAAACGAUUUGAGGGAAACAAUAGAAAGUUAACUUGUUUUACUCAGCUCCAAAGACUGCGGCUUCGCAUGUUGACUGAGAGGAAGAGUUUUCACUGGAGAAGAGAAGCAUCCGAGAUUCGUCCUCUACGAUCAGAGAGAAACUCUCUGAGCAUGUUUGACUCCGGAUUUUACUAAACUGCCUUUUUUUUAACGAGGUUGAACAGAACAAAUGAACAUGUGUGAAGCCUUGUGUUGCUGUUGUGCUGCGUUCAGGCCCCGUUGGGAACAACAGACGCUCGAAGUCCCGACUUGAAAAGAUUUCCACCUGUUGAAACUUCUUUUUAAACCAUGAAAGAGACCGGGAUUGACUUAGUAGAACGACUCUGGUUCCAGAAGUUAAAUUAUCAUUCGUUUUCUAGAAAACCAGGUCAACCAGUCUUAAAGCUUGUGGUCUACAUUGGAUGGUUAAAAUAUUAUGGCUGAUAUUCAACAUCUAAAGAGAAACUUAAUGGGAUUUUUUUACUUCCUGGACCACAGUGUUGAUGUUGAUGUUUGAAACAAGCAGAGAAAAACCUGCCAUCUUAUUCUAACACACAAGAAAUAAUGUAAACCUGAAACGAGGACGUUUGUUUUCACAUAGAAAAAUCCGAUCCAGUGAUCACAUGCCAAUAAAUCCGUGUCUCUGUCUGUUUUUCCCCGUGUGUCCUGAACGCAGCAUCACAGACUGAACUGAACCAUGUAGCUCCACGCUCCCGGUGACCCUCCAUCACUGGGAUGAUGAUGAUGACGGGUCCAAAUGGGACUGAUGCCUUUUCAAUGCAGCUUAUGUCGUCUACUGUGUAACUCUGUUUUGUCAUCGUGUAUCUGUUUAAACAAAAAGAGCCAAAUAUGGAGAUUUUAAAGGCACAUUAGCCUUUUUAAUUAAUUAACACUGUUUUCUUACAAUUAGUCCUUAAUGUGUUUUCUUCUAAUCGGCCCGAACACUACUUCUCUCUGCUCUUUGUGAGAAACGCACCUUCUCUGCAGAAUCUGUAUUUUAAGUCCAUAAUGUGUAUUUUCACAUUUCUGUCUAUUCCAUGUGCUUUAGUUUCUAGUUAUUAGUUUUCCAUGACAUUAUUUUUUUUUCAAAUGACAAAAUAAAUCUUUGUUUUUGUAAGAUUG